AUGGGAGUUAAACUGUACCAACGCUACAAGUCUCUGACACCGUUUGGGCUAAUUACCUCUCCUAGUGCAAAUAUUCUCUUUGACACAUCGGCAUGCAGCAUUUCAACUUCUGGUGGUGCACAGCACUUGUAUGCACCACAACUACACUCUAUUGGAGUAAUUCAUUUAAAGCAAGGAAUUCAGAUUGCUACACUUGCAGAUGAAUCUUCCUCGGCACAACUUACUCGCCUUGUUCUUGGACCUGCUGGAAAAUUACUGGCUGCCGGAUACUCGGACGGAUCCAUUCGUAUCUGGGACACAUCAUCAAAAGUUUGCAUGGUCACCUUCAAUGGACACCGUGCUUCUGUCACUGCACUUGCCUUUGAUGCACUUGGAACACGUCUGGCAUCUGGCUCAAGCGAUACCGAUAUUGUUUUAUGGGAUAUUGUUGCAGAGUGCGGUAUGUUUCGUCUUCGUGGGCAUAAAGACCAGGUCUCUUGCCUUCGAUUCUUGACUAAAAACGGACUAGACCACUUGGUUUCGGGCUCAAAAGACUCUCUAGUAAAAUUUUGGGACCUCGCUUCCAAACACUGCGUGGAAACUUUAAUUACACACCGUGGAGAGGUUUGGGCUUUAGAAGUAUCCCCCACAGACGAAAACCUUUUGUUCACCGGUGCUGCAGAUGGUCAGAUUCGAGUUUGGAUUAUCAACGCAAAAGCCUUGUCUGAAAAAUUAGAUCCUGUUCGCUCUGUACCCAAUGCAUUACAAACUAAUGCCAACUCCAUAAUAACCGAUAUUGCAAACACUGUCGAGUUUCUUGGAGUGAUUGAACGCCAAAGUAAAGAGCGGAUUGUCACUCUUAAAAUGGACACGCAUGGUCAAUAUAUUGGUGUUCAUGGAACAGAUAGGCUUGUGGAAAUAUUCAAAGUACGAUCAGAUGCAGAUGUUUCCAAGAUAGUGGAGCGUCGCAAGCGCAAGAAUCGGAAAGACCCCAAUUUUACCUCGACUGAAGACAAUUCGACCAAUACCAUUGAAGCAACCAUGGCCGAUCGCUAUGCAAAAGUUGCAACUAUUCGAUGCACUGCCAAAGUUACUUCCUUUGAUUUUGCACCUACUUUGAUUGUAGGUGCAGCUAUCAAGUCGGAAAUGCCUUUAAAACUAGUCUGCUCACUUUCAAACAAUUCAAUCGAGGCAUAUGAUCUUUCAGGCAUGACUGGCACUACAAAAAAGGAAUCUGUGCCUCGCCUUGUUUCUACAGUGGAUCUUGCUGGUCAUCGCUCUGACAUCCGCUCAUUGGCCCUUAGUUCUGACGAUGACCUGAUUGCAACCGGAUCAAACGAUCUAAUUAAAAUAUGGUCUUCCAGAACACGACAAUGUCUUAAAAGCAUGAGUUCGGGCUAUGUACUUUGUCUAGCAUUUCUUCCAGGAAACAAACAUCUUGUGGUUGGGACAAAAGCUGGCGAGAUUCAACUUUUUGAUUUACCCUCAUCGUCGCUCAUUGAAACUAUCCAAGCACACGAGAGUGCUAUCUGGUCAUUAAAAGUACGUAUGGAUAACGGCGGUAUUAUUACAGGAUCUCAAGACAAGCAAGUCAAGUUUUGGGAUCUGCGCAUGAAACAGGACGAGUCGUAUUCCAAUGUUGCCAAGCGCGCUACACUGGUACACACACGCACACUUAAGAUGUCAGAAGACGUUUUGUGUGUUCGACAGUCUCCCGAUGGUCGUCUUCUUGCUGUGGCUUUACUAGACAGCACUAUCAAGAUUUUCUACUAUGACACUUUGAAAUUUUUCUUGUCACUCUAUGGACAUAAACUUCCAGUGGUGUCUAUGGAUAUAUCUUUUGAUAGUAAACUUAUUGCCACCGCAUCAUCUGAUAAGUCUGUAAAGAUCUGGGGAUUGGAUUUUGGAGACUGUCAUCGCAGUUUGCACGCACACGAAGACUCUGUUAUGGCCUGCCAGUUUGUAUGGGGCACUCACUAUUUGUUUACAGCAAGCAAAGACCGAACUGUAAAAUACUGGGAUGCCGACAAGUUUGAACAAAUUACGCGGUUAGAAGGACAUCACGGAGAGAUCUGGGCUCUUGCUGUUGCCAAAUAUGGCAGCUUUAUUGUCACUGGCUCGCAUGAUCGCUCUAUUAGAAUUUGGGAAAAAACAGAUGAUCAGUUUACUCUUGAAGAGGAGAAAGAGCGAGAACUUGAACUAAGACAAGAAAUGGAAGCAAAUUUAAACAAUAGAGACGAUCAGGCUAUUGGGUCAGAAGCUCCAGAUGCAGAAAGUGCCGAAAAAGACUCGGCCUUUCAGGAGGUUGGUGUUGCAGGAUUCAAAGCCACUGAUACAUUGAAAGCAGGAGAGAAAAUUAUCGAAGCUCUUGCUGUUUGGGAAAAGGAAAGAGGCGAUUUUGAUAAAUAUGAAAAAUUGCGACUUAAGGAUCCAAAUGUAGCGCCUCCUCCUCGUAGUCCAUUUGUAAUUGCGCUUGGCCGGCCAGAUAUACUUCCAGAAGAAUAUGUUUUGCAUGUGAUCACGCUAAUUCGGUCCAGCCAGAUUGACGAAGCACUUUUAGUAUUGCCCUUUUCUAACGUCAUAGAUUUGUUAAAAUGCAUAAGCUUUUGGAUUGAAAAGGGUUGGAAUACGAGACUGACAGCAAAGAUUCUGUUUUUCCUAUUACAAACUCAUCACCAUGAGAUGACCAGCACCCGUGCUCUACGCCCUGUGCUUGAUAAGAUACGUCUUUUGACUAGGCAAGGCCUUGAGCAAGAACGCGAUCGGAUUGGUUACAAUGUUGCAGGAAUUAAAUUUCUUCAGCGUGAGCAUGAAGCCAACCACUCUGCCUUUUUUGGCGAAGAAAGCACUGAUGGCCCAACUGAUCCAGUUGUAUCUGAUAAAGUUCAAUCCUUGGAUACGUCAACGUUGAAAAAUAAAAAGCGUCGCCAUAUCAAGGUUGUCUCGUAA